AUGGAUGCGGGGACGAACUCUACGCAAGUAAGUUUACGAUGGCUCGUGUUCAUGAACCGCAGUCCAGCUACCAUCGCUGUAGAGACAAGUAUUUUACUCCUUAUUGUACUGAUUGCCAUUGGAGGAAAUCUUCUGGUAGUAAUCUCCAUCUAUCGCAAUCCCAGCCUUCGUAUCAUCACUAACUACCUCGCACUCUCCCUCGCGAUAACAGACAUACUGCACCUUAUAAUGGCGAUGCCCCUGACGAUCAUCGCUUCUGUACAAAGUAGGUUUGAUUUCAAUCCACAUAUGUGUGAUUUUCAAGCAAUAUCCGUGAUAAGUCUAGUCUACAUAACAGUCAUAAACAUGGUCCUUAUGGCUGUCAAUCGUUUCGUUCGUGUCUGUAAACCAGAGAAAUACCAAAAAUUGUUUAAUAAAAAAACCACUUCGAUCAUGAUCGUUAUAGCAUGGGUGACGAUAUUUGUUGGAACGACUGUCUAUAACAAGCUAAGCAACAGUGCUUCAAACGCGAUCUUUUUUCCCGAGCAAAUGAGAUGUAACUUUGUGUAUGACACAAACAAGCAAUUAUUCGUAGUUUUGGGUAAUAUGUUGAUCGUCGCUUGCUUGCUAAUACCAUUCAUUAUCAUCACCUACUGCUACUUCAAAGUAUUCAAAAAAAUACGAAAACACAAGAGAAGCAUUGCGGACUCCACCUCGACAAACUCCAGCGGCCUGGGCAAGAGCGUACGAGAAAUCAAGAUCACUUGGACUCUAUUUGCCGUGUUGCUAGGAUACUGUGUCACGUGGAUUCCAGCGCUUCUUGUUACCUUAGUAACAAACAUUUUUGGUUGGUCGUUCUUAUCUCGCCAGGUUCAUUUGAUUGUAACAUUUUCCGGAUUGAGCAGCUCUGCUUUGAAUCCUGUGAUCUACGGAUUAAUGAACCCUAGUUUUAGACAGGAAUACGCCAAAAUAUUUGGCUGUAAGUAG